AUGGCUUUUCUGGAGAUUCAGCUUACUGGGACUAUCCUUAAACUGGAGUACACUCAUUGCAGCACAGACACUGAACAUUUAAACAGCAUGUUGAUGAUACCACUACAAACAAAUUUGACAGACUUGCCAGUGUCAGCACCCACCUCAUCACUGUCACAGCCUGAUGGGGAUAUGACUUAGUGUUCCAUAUGCAUAGACAGAGAUAAACAUGAUGGUGCAUCCAGCUGUGAUGGCUGCAAGGGUUUCUUCAGGAGGAGCAUUCACAACAGCUACACUUACAGCUGUGAGUUCCAGUAUAGAUCAACCUCAAUAAAACAGAUCACUGCUCAGAAUGAGAGAGACCACAGUCACAGAGCCAAGAGCCAGACAGUGGGCACUCUGUCCAUCAGUGUGUUUCUGCGGGCAGAGGUAACUAUGUUAUGAACCCACUCUGCAGAACACCUUAUCCUCUGACUUAUCCUAGGGGCAGCAAGACACUCUUUUCCUUAUUACAAUCUCAUUUUUCUAGGUAAUGACUUUGUGAGAGGUGGAGAUACAGUAGAGGUGUUCAGAGUGGCUUUCAGAAUCCAAGAGGAGCUGGUCAAACCUCUCAGAAAGCUGGACAUCACAGACAAAGAGUUUGCUCACCUCAGAACCAUUUAUGUCUUCUUUGCCCCAGACUGUCUGAGUUUGGAGAGUCCUCAGAUGGUUCGACAUCCAUUUCAGGCCCAUCUGCUGCUACAACAAGCAACCUGCAGGGGAGCUCUUGGGGAGCUCCUGCUGAUCCUUUCACCCCUGCAGAGUGUGGCCUGGGCCGCCUGGCAAAUGGUGGAGACUCUCCAAAGCAGAAUGGACAACAUGCUGCAGGGGAUGCUGCUGGGGGAGGGAGCCAAAACAGGACAGGGAUUGUGUACAGCCACUGAACCCCUUAUGUACUGUACUAUUGCUGAUGUCUGUCUGUCUCACACAGCUCUUUCAAGUGGCUUCCCUGCUGCCCCCACAGACUGGCACUGA